ACGGCAACCAUGAAAUGGAUGUUCAAAGAGGAUCAUUCUCUGGAACAUCGAUGCAUAGAAUCAGCCAAAAUCCGCAACAAGUACCCUGACAGGGUCCCGGUCAUUGUGGAGAAAGUUUCCGGGUCCCAGAUCGUUGACAUUGACAAGAGGAAGUACCUGGUGCCCUCCGACAUCACAGUGGCUCAGUUCAUGUGGAUCAUCAGGAAACGCAUUCAACUGCCCUCAGAGAAGGCCAUCUUCUUGUUUGUAGACAAGACCGUGCCCCAGUCAAGCAUCACAAUGGGACAGCUGUAUGAAAAGGAGAAAGACGAAGAUGGCUUUUUAUACGUGGCAUACAGUGGCGAAAACACCUUUGGCUUGUAA